AUGUUCACGACUGAGCCGUACGUCGAGGGUGAGUACAACAACAACAACGGCUGGAUCAACGAUGACGGGCUGAAUCUAAGUGAGACUGCGCAAGCAUUCAGCCACUUCACGUGGCAAAAGACGUACGGACAGCUGAUGGUGGUGGAUCUUCAGGGCGUUGAAUGCAUCUUCACGGGCCCGCAGAUCCACUCGAAGCAGAGAGACGAAUUUGGUUGCGGCAACUUGUCGGACGCUGGGAUUGCCACCCUCCUCGUGACGCACGAGUGUAAUGCAAAGCUCUCCGGCUAA